UAUCACUGUCAUCAUCAUCGAUCCAUCGAUCGAUCACCUCACCUCACCUCACCUGUCCGUACGUCGUCGUCGUCGUCGUCACUAAUCCGAUCCACAGUCGUACGUCGUCGAUCGAUGGAGUUCAGGUCGUCCAGGGCCACCGUGUGCGCGCUCCUCCUGAUGCUGCUCGUGCUCUCACACGACGGCGGCGACAAUGGCGGCGGGACGUCGUCGGCGAUGGUGGCGGAGGCCCGGGUGUGCAUGGGCAAGAGCCAGCACCACUCGUUCCCCUGCAUCUCCGACCGCCUCUGCAGCAACGAGUGCGUCAAGGAGGAGGGCGGCUGGACCGCCGGAUACUGCCACCUCCGCUACUGCAGGUGCCAGAAGGCAUGCUAAGCUUAAAAUACCUGGGGCCCUUGGUUAUAUAUGGCUUGGCAGAAAUGUAGUAGUAAUACCGUACUACGUCGACGUGCUUGCUUGCACCUACACAACUGGCCGAGUACCAUGCAUGUAAGGUAAGGUGAUGUCAUGUAAUGUAACAACAAUAAUAACAGGGGCAUCAUAUCCUUGCAAUGUUCCA